CCGCGACGCCAAGCAGAAGAAAGAAACAACAUGCAUGUGCAACACGCCUGCUGGGCUGCACGUUGAGGAAUGCCAACAUGCUGACAAUAAGACCGAUGUUGCGAAAGUAGUAUCGGUUUAGGCAAAGGAGAGGACGCGGGCGGAAAUGUCUCGGUCGUCAAACCGAGGCCCGCGCGCUGAUAUUGCGCUGCUGCGAAAGCUCAAAGCAGACCCAAAUUUCACUCCCUCUUCGCUGCUUAAUGCCGGGAAUGACAUUUUGGAGAAGGCAAACAAGUUGAAAGGCUUCGUGUCGCAGCAGCGCGGCAAGCUCGGCGCGUCGACUGCAAAAACAGAAUGGCUGCUGGCGUUCCAGCACCUACAGGCCGAGCACGAUGAGGCGGACCGGGAGCUGCGCAGCCAACUGCAGCAUCUCGUGGACCACAGCAGCAGCGGCGGCGGCGGCGGCGGCGGCGGCGGCAGCAGCAGUGCCCACGGCGGCGGCAAGGCAGGCGAGGGCAGCCGGGGCGCGGCGGACGCGGCGGAGGCGCGGGAGAUGGGCGAGGCGCUGGCGGUGCUGUCGGCACAGUCCGACGCCUGCCGUGCGGAGCGGCAGCAGCUGCGCUCGCGGGUGCGGGGGCUGUCCUCCGUACACGGCAGCAUCAAGGCGUACGGCGCCCCCAGCCAGUUCUCGCCGGAGGCGGGCGCGGUUAAGAGCGAGAUGUCGUCUCUGGCGGCGGAGCUUCAGACCGCACUGGCGCAGCUGGCGGCUGAGGCUGCCGCCAUUUCGGCCGAGGUGCGGGAGGUGUGGCCCUCGGCUCUGAGUGAGGGCGCCGCGGCAGGAGGUGGAGGAGGCGACGGCGCGUCGGGCUUUGGAGCGGUUGGCGGCGGCGGCGGUGUAUCAAUGGAGCAGGAGUUGGAGGAGCUUGAGAAGAUGUUGGCCAGGUACCCGCUGGCCUCGCCGCACAUCAAGGACCGCAUCCGGGAGGUGCACGCCGCACUGCAGGACAAGUACACAGAGCGGCUGGAGACGUGGCGGCUCGAGGCGGAGCGCACCGCUCAGGCCCUGAUGCAUCAGCACCAGCAACUCGCAGCAGCAGCGUCACACUCAGCAGCAGCAGCGGCAGCAGCAGCAGCAGCAGCAGCAGCAGGCAGUGGGCGGCCAGGCGGGGCCAAGGCGGCAGCAGCAGGCGCAGCAGCAGGCGCUGGAGCAGGGAGGGGCCGCGGCACGAGUGGGAUACCGGGCCGCGGCGGGCCGGGGGCGGGCGCCGCGGCGGGGGAGCACCUGGGCGGGCGACUGCCGCCGGGGGCAGCGGCGGGAAGGAGCGGCAUUGGUCGUGGCGGCGCGGCGGCGGCGGCGGCUGGUGGCGGCGGCGGCGGCGGCGGCUCGACAGGGCCACCCGGCGGCGCGACGCGGUCCGUGGCGGGCGGCAGUAGCGGUGGCAGUAGCAGUAGCAGCAGUAGGGCGCUACAGCCAGUGGUGGUGCCUUCAUCGUCGGCCAAGCAACAGCAGCAGCAGCUACUGCCGGCAGGCUACGACGGCGACCUGGAGCCGCUGGGAGAUGAAGACGACGGCGCCAGCUCGGCAGUAGCAGCAGCCGGAGGGGCAGCCGGCGGCGACGGCGGCCGCAGUAGCAGCAGCGGCUACAGUGGCGGCGCCGCGGGCUGGCUGCUGAGCGGCUGUGGCGGCUGGGCGGCGGACGACCACUCGGCGUUUGUGAAGCACCGAGAGCGGUUGAUGCGGGAGCGGGAGGUCGCGCAGGCCGGUAGCAAGCCCGCGGGUCGUGAGGCGCUCAUGGCCCGUAUCGCGGCGCUGCUGCCCGGCGGCCGCAGCCCGGCGGCUGUGGCGGCGCACGACGACUGGACGGUGGCGGCGCGGCUGGCGGCGCGGCGGCGGCGGGACCUGGACCAGGGGUGGGAGCGCGAGCGGCGGCAGUUUAUUGAGGACAGCAGCAGCUUCUUGGAGGAGAGCGAGCUGGUGUUCUUCACGGAGGCCGAGGAGGCAGCGGACAGGCUGGUAACGGAGCUGCUGCGUGAGCGUGCGGCCGACGAGCUCGCGGAGCGGCGGGCGGAGCGGGCGCGCGACGAGGAGGUUGAGGUGGCGGAGCGGGCGGCGGCGGAGGCGGCGGAGGCGGAGGCGCGGGUGGCGGCGGAGGCGGCGGCGCGGGUGGACCGGGCGGUGAAGAAGGAGGCGGUGGCGGCGUACAGGGCCGAGUUGGAGCGGCAGCAGGCGGAGGCGGCGGCGCGCAUCGAGGCGGCACAGCGCGGCAUUGAGGAGCUGGCGGCGGAGCAGGCUGUGUACAACAAGGAACGAGUGGAGUGGCGCCAGGCCGAGUACGCCGUGAAGCAGGACCGAGCCAAGGAGGCGGCGGCUGUGGCGGCUGCGGAGGAGGAGGCGCGGCUGGCUCGACUGGAGCGGCUGCGGCUGCUGGUGGCACCGCAGGUGGAGGCAGACCCGGCGCGGCUGCUGGCGCCGACCGCGGCCACGGCGGCGGCGCAGGCGGCGGCGGAGGAGGCGGAGGCGCUGCGGCGGGCGGGGCUGGCGGGCGCCUUCAACCCGGUGCAGGGGUUCACCACGGAGCAGGUGCUGCGAGAUCAGCGGUUCAAGGUGCGCGAGGCACUCACUCGGCUGGGGCUGCACGAGACCGACUACGGCCGCGCAGCCAUCGCCGCGGCCCGACCCGCACAGCCGCCGCGCCUGGACAACUACACUUCAGACCAGCGCGCAGCCAUGCUGGCCAAGCAGGCGUGCAAGUGAUUUUGCAGCAGAGGCAGGGAGCGCGUCGGCGGCGGCCACAGCCUCGCCUGCGCCUAUAGCGACAACGCAGCGCAGCGGUGCCGCAGCGUUCACGAGCAGGUGUAUAUGAAUUAAAAGUUACGGUAUGGUAAUGUUUGGAGGUGAAGAGCUAGUGCGAGCUACUGUGUGCUGUGCAAGUGCAGAGAAGGUAUCAUGACUCGUGAGGGAGUCCGGUGUGGCUGUGGUGGGAGAUGGGGAGAGGGAUCUUGCCAGGUGGUGGUGGGCGAAGGACCGCCGGCUGCCUUGCGCUGCAAAGCGCAUGCCAGUCAUGCCUUCGACAUCCGUCUCUGGCGCCGGUAACAUUUAGUUUCUCGUCAUUGCCAGUCGCUUGCUGAGGUCUUACUUGUCGGUUACGUCGAUGUUCAUAAUGGAAGGGGCCGAUGGCGCGGAUACCGGACAAGAACACAUUAAGGUCUGGCGCAGGGGUCUUGCAUUGGGAAGGGCGGGCAGGAGUGGGGGGCGGGCUGGGAAGGAGGGUCCGGCCUGGAGCAGCAAUGUCUCAGGCUAUCGUGCUUGGAUCCGUUUGGAUGGCAGCAGCGCAGUGGGCUUCAAACCAGCAGGUCCAGAUUCGUUCAGGAGCCUUCGCCAGCCGGGGCAGACUUGCUGAGGGUCUCCGGCUUGGCCUCCUGAAUCCGGACCUGCUGGUUUGAAGCCCACUGCGCUGCUGCCAUCCAAACGGAUCCAAGCACGAUAGCCUGAGACAUUGCUGCUCCAGGCCGGACCUGAGAACAGGGACGCGAGCUCCUGGAGCAGCUGGCGCGGAACUUUCAUGUUCCUUGCUUUGCUUUCUUGGAGAUGUCUAGAAAGGUGGGAGCUCGGAACGUAGCCGGGCUGGGGAUCACCACUGCGCUGCGACUUCCUGGCAUUCGCAAAAUGCCAUGUAACAUAUCGGAGCCAUGUAUGCAAAUGUAACAAAGUCUUUCC